AUGACAAAGGAAUUGGAUCGGAAAGAAUUACCUUCACAUAAGGAAUACUAUGAUAAAUUCAACACGCCUACUAGGAGUGAAUGUAAGUCCCUUGGUGGCGAUUUCCAACAAUGGGAUGGUCAAUUACAGAAUGGAUUGAGUGAAUACCAUAAAAUUACUACCGACGCUAAGAAAAUCGCAAAUGCCUAUUGCUUCGCAUGUACACAGAAUAAGCCAUCAAGCUACAAAAAUAAAGAACCUUGUGAAUUUUUUUAUUACUGGUUGGGGGAUAAGUACUGGAAUGACUUAGGGAAUCAUACAUUUUCAAACCUUUUGAACAAAAUUUACCAAACGCUGCAUACAUCUUCUCAUACGAAUCUAUGUAGAACUAAAUACGAUGAUGUUCCCCGGGAACUUUUCCAACAAAGAAAAACACUAUUCGAGUGGUGGCAUAACCACAGUGUUUUACAAUCACUUAUACAAGGCAGUAACUCCGAAUGUAGUGAACAAUAUGGCCAUCACAUAGAAAAAGCUUUUUCAUCCUAUUUUUCUGUAAGCGCAUUUUGUACUGAAAACAAAAGCAAAAGUGAUUCUUACUGUAUGCAAUUUUGGACAGAACAAAAUCAGAAAGACAAUUUGGCGAAACUGCUAAAAUUACAAUGUGAAUCAGAAUCUAAACUGCAAACUAUGGAAGAAGGAAGUAGGACAUGUGCCCAAGAAAAGGAGACACUAACAAAAGAGAAGCAGUCUGAAGCACAGGCAACACUCUCUCAAGCACAAACAGCAGCAUCCUUAGCAAAAGAAGAAGCCGUUCGUUCUGCUACCACCACUUCCUCCCUUUCUUCUAUCUUUGGCACACUCGGAAUGACAGUCGCUCCCUUCUUAUUGUAUAAGUAUAAGCCAUGGUCUUCCUGGAUCGGUAACCAUUCUGGAAAUGGAAGAAGCACAAGAAAGAGAAGGUCCGCUGAGGGCACCUUUGAUACAUUCACAGAAAACAGCUCAACAUACGAUUCAGAAACUGAAUCAAUAGUAGAUGACUCCACGACAGAAAAUUCCACCACACUACGUUCUGCUACAUACACAGCACAGUCUACCAGGGGAGGGAGAACAAGAAAUAAUGCGGGCCGCGGGAUAGUAGGUUAUCAGAACAUGUAA